GGAUAGCCGAUAUGCAUAUUCAUUUGUGGGACAGUCUAUAUGCAUAUUCAUUUGUGGGAUAGUCUAUUUGGAUAUUCAUUUGUGGGAUAGGCGAUAUGGAUAUUUAUUUGCUGGGGAGGUUCCGUAUAUAUACUGGAGCGCUUGCUUGAGAAAACCAGAACCGGACCUGGAGAAAAAGUCAAAAGACAUCAGAAAAACGAAGGAAAGACAAGAAGGAGGAAAGAACCUCGGAGAUGUCAUCAGAGAUGAGCGUGCCAGGUGAGGGGGCUCGAGAGGCUGAACUCCAGGUAGAAAUGAAGAAAACGCAGGUCAGCCAAAUCACUCACUUUGCUGAGGACACCAGAGAAGUGCCCAGCUCAGAGAGAACUCUGGACGCUACACCCAUCACCCCAAAUCCUGAAGACCAGGACAAACCUCAGGGUCCAGCAGACACCUCGCCUGUCACCUCUACUGCUCCUGGACCAAAUAUCCCUGAGAUUGCUGAAGACACUGCACCUGCCACCUCCACUACUCAAGAUCACAACAUCCCUGAGAUUGCUGAAGACACUACACCUGCCACCUCCACUGCUGAAGAUCACAACAUCCCUGAGAUUGCUGAAGACACUGCACCUGCCACCUCCACUGCUGAAGAUCACAAUAUCCCUGAGAUUGCUGAAGACACUGCACCUGCCACCUGCACUGCUCAAGAUCACAAUAUCCCUGAAGUUGCUGAAGACACUGCACCUGCCACCUCCACUACUCAAGAUCACAAUAUCCCUGAGAUUGCUGAAGCCACUUCACCUGCCACAUCCACUGCUGAAGAUCACAACAUCCCUGAGAUUGCUAAAGACACUGCACCUGUCACCUCCACUACUCAAGAUCACAGUAUCCCAGAGAUUGCUGAAGACACUACACCUGCCACCACUGCUCAAGAUCACAAUAUCCCUGAGAUUGCUGAAGACACUGCACCUGCCACCUCAACUGCUGAAGGUCACAGCAUCCCUGAAUUUGCAGAAAAUGAGUCACCUGUCACCUCCAGUGCACCAGCACACAAUAUCCCUGAGAUUACAGGAGACACAUCUGUCAUGGUUCCAUCAGAUCCAACAAAGAGUCCAUCCACUACCACAGCAUCUGUGUCCCCUCUGGGAGAGAUAAAGAUAGACUCAAUGGAAAGCGACUCUGUUUCUCUAUGCUGGUGCAGUCCUGAGAAUAUGGAUGGGAUCCCACACAGCUUUUACAUUACCAACUCUAGCUCUGAUAGGUGUCACCAAGACUCCAUCACUGCACGCUCCAGUUCCACAGUCAUCUCUGAUCUGAGACCUGGGAGAGAAUACAGCUUCACAGUCACCACAGAGCUAGUGAAUGGGAUCCAGAGCACGCUUGUUUCAACAUCUGUCUGCAUAAAACCAUCUCCUCCUGGAGAGAUAAAGAUAGACUCAGUGGGAAGCAACUCUGUCUCUCUGAGCUGGGGCAGUCCUGCUGGUCUGGAUGAGAUCCCUCACAGUUUUAAAAUCACCUAUUCAAGCUCUGUCAAGGACAACCCUCUUUCCAUCACUGCACCCUCCAAUUCCACUCUCAUAUCUAAGCUGAGGCCUGGGAGAGAGUACAGCUUCACAGUCACCACAGUGCUGGAGAAUGGGACCCAGAGCACGCCUAUUUCAACAUCUGUCUGUACAAAAACACAUCUAGAAGAUUUGCUGUGCAUGCUGGGACUGGAGAACUACUUCCCAGGCAAGAUUACAUUGAGUACUGUCCUUGAGAUCGGUACAGAGAGUAUUACAGAUGAACCGAUUCAGUCACUGAAAAAACUUCCCUGGUGCUUUCUGAAAAGACUCAUGAUGGUAAAUGUGACAGUUCUCAGUACAAUAUGCAGUGCUGCUGAGACAGAUACAGACACAGCAUUGCAAGACCUUGAUAGUGUUCUUGAACUUAUUGGUAGUAAUGAUGAUCAAGACAGUAAUACAAUCAAUCCACUUGAUCUCUUAGCAGCACUCUUUCUGUGCUCAGAUAGCUUCCUGCAGCAGGAAAUUAUGUCAAAAAUGUCGAUGUGCCAGUUUGCUGUACCUCUCUUGCUCCCUUACUGCAGCACCAGUCAGUGUACAUUAAUGCUGUGGGCCAUGCGAGACAUUGUGAAGAAGUUUAGACCCUGUUCAUUAGCCGACUCAAAAGGGUUUGUAGAAGACAGUAUAGUCAGCACUGCCAUGCCAAUGAUCUCUUUUGUCAGGCUGGGUGACUGUAGUUUAUCAAAGUCUCAGAUUCUGAAUCAGGUUCUCAGCAACCCCCAGCAGUACCAUGAUGUCUUCAUCCAUCGUGAUAUGGAAUGUGGAAAUGUUCCACGGAGAAUUGCAAACGGUCUAGUGGAAAUAGGUUGGUACCUUCCUUCUGGCAAGAAAAACUUAGACAUCUUUCCAGAACCUGUAGCUGUUGUCAACCUUCGUGGAGAUCUCCUUUCCUUUCAGAAACAGUUUUCCAUUUUAUGUCAAACAUCCUCAGCAGUCUUCAUAUUUUUUGACAGUAUUGCGGAGAGCGAGUGCAAUCUCUUGUCCUCUGCAGGAAAUAUUAAAGCCCAAUUGUUUUUGGUUGCAAAUUUUCCAAAUAAGACAGAGAAAAACAUAAACUCUCUGAAAGACUUGGCAUCAAAAUUAAAAUUAUGUGGAAGUCAGAUCCUAUUUAAGAAACAGCAGACCAAUGAUGCACAGUUUGUGUCAAAACUGCGCUUAACUAUGAAUGGCAUAAUGGAAAACUGUCAAAACAAAGUGACAAUUGAAGGCAUGUCUGCUGAAGCACAUGAAUUGGGGAUUCGUGUAGAUGAAGACUGCACUGAAUGUCAGAACGCCAAGAGAAGUGCUGCAGAAAUCACAUGCAGAAUCGACGAUGUGGUGCAAUAUAAAGAGGAUCAGUUGCCAUUGCAAGGGAAGCUUUGGAAGGAGCUGGCUAAAAUAGAAAAGGAGGAGUACAGACUACGGAAGGCAGGAGACCAGCCUAUUGAAGAAUAUAAAGCCAAUCUGCAAAGUGAAAAACAGAAACUGAGACAACAACAAAGCAGUUAUGAUAUGUCUGAAGCAAUGCAGUGUUUCAUCACUGCCAUAUCCAAUGAAAGCAAAGAAGAACGAUCCUAUUUUCUAAAGUGGAUGAGAAUGAAUUUGGAUGUUAAAGCACGAAAGAAGCUUUCUGGUCUUCGUGAUGAAUACAAAGAAAAGUGUUGCAAGUUAUCAGAGAACAAAGAGAUAAUUGCAGACCUGGAUAGACAAAUAUCAAACAGCUCUUUAGGAAUGGAACAUUUCAUGCGUGAGAUGGGCCAGCUUUAUGAAGCAGCGUGCUCCCUUUCCUCAAAUAAUGCAUAUCGCCAGCAAUUUCAAGAUCUUCCAAGUUUGGGGGCUGAUCUGCUGUUGGAUGGCUUCCACCUUGAGCUGGUGGAUGGAGAUGCAUCAAAUAUCCCUGUAAGGUGGAUGACUGGUGUUUUAACAAAGCUCCAUGAGAAAGUCCAACACAAGAGCAGGGUGCUGGUUGUAACAGUGUUGGGAGUCCAAAGCACUGGGAAGUCUACCCUCCUCAACACAAUGUUUGGGGUUCAGUUUGCAGUUAGCAGUGGCAGAUGCACGAGAGGAGCCUUCAUGCUGUUAAUCAGAGUCAAAGAGGAUCUUAAAGAAGAGCUGAACUGUGAUUUUAUCUUGGUAAUUGACACUGAAGGUCUGAAAUCUCCAGAACUGGCAGAACUAGAAGACAGCUAUGAACAUGACAAUGAGCUUGCAACACUGGUUGUAGGUUUGAGUGACAUCACCAUAAUAAACAUUGCAAUGGAGAACUCCACAGAGAUGAAGGAUAUCCUACAGAUCGUGGUGCAUGCCUUUCUUAGAAUGGAGAAACUGGGAAAGAAACCAAACUGUCAGUUUGUGCACCAGAAUGUGGGGGACGUGUCUGCUCAUGACAACAAUGCAAGGGACAGAAAUAAGCUUCUAGAACAGCUGAAUGAGAUGACACAGGCUGCUGCCAGGAUGGAAAAGCUAGAUCCAAACAUAAAACUCACAGAUGUCAUGGAGUAUGAUCCCGAACACAGUAACUGGUACAUCCCAGGCCUGUGGCAUGGUAUUCCACCAAUGGCUCCAGUGAACACAGGCUACAGUGAAAGUGUAUAUGAGUUCAAGAAGAGCUUGAUUGAGGUGUUAAAAAGCUGCAAAUACCAAACUCUUCCCGAGUUCUUGGAGUGGAUGAGAAGUUUGUGGAAAGCCGUUAAACAUGAGAACUUCAUCUUCAGCUUCAGAAAUAGUCUAGUGGCUGAGGCUUACAGUAAUCUGUGUGUUGAAUAUGGUAAAUGGGAAUGGGACUUCCAGAAGCACAUGUACAACUGGCUGGCAACUGCUGAGACAAGGAUUUCAAAUACCAGCAACCAGUCAUCAAAAGUUGAGUUUCUAAGCAGCUUAAAAAAAGAGGUGACAUCACAAGAAGAGACCACUCUGGAGAAAUUGACUAAAUACUAUGAAAGUAAGGAGGGACAUGUUAAUCUUGUAAAAAGCUACAGAGCAACCUUUGAGAUAAGCAUCAAAACUCUUAGGAUUGAAAUUGAAAACUCUGUGACAAACAAGUUGACAGCAGCUAUUGAUUUUCAAAACGGAAUGAAAAAGGUACAUGAUGUCAAUGGGAAGCAUAAAGCAAUAUUAGAAGAAAAAGUGUUGAAACUGCUUGGAGACUGCAGGAAAAGACGUGAGGAUUUAUCUGAGGAGCAGCUGGAAAAGGAAUUUGAAAAGAUGUGGGAAGAGACAGUGAAGAAACUGGACUUCAAAGGUUUAGAGAAGCGAGACAUUGUAUUAGAUGUUUAUAAUCAAUUGAGAAAACAAUUGGAUAGACAUGGAGGUGGAGUUAAGAUGGUGAUAAAUCAGGCCAGCGAUUUGACUAAAUAUGGAGUGACCUCGUUUACAGUCAACGACAAAUACUUUGAACGUUGCUGGUUCAAGAAACACAUAACUGAUGCUAUGGGCAUAACUGCGCAAAAGUUCAAAAAGGAGGAAGCAAAUAUUAUGGCUCAAUGUGUAAUAACAGAGAGCAGCCAGUUUGUAUCUGACAGAAAACACACAACAACUGACUACCAUGAGACCUACACCAGAGAGCUGUUGGAAAUGAUAGACGGCAAGCUGAAGGAAAUUAAGAAACUGAACGCACAGUUUGAAGUUGAUCUGAAGUUGCACAUCUGUGGCUUUGCAGCCAGGGAAUUUCAACAGAUGCACGAAGAUUUUAUUAAAGUCAACGACCCCCUGAAACAUCUGGAAAAGUCCAGGUCACAGUACUGUUCUGACUUGAUAGAUCUUUACCGUGAGAAGGAUCAGAGCCGAAAGAAGGCUGAAGAAUUCACUGAGCGCUGCCUCAAGCUUGCAGUGAGGGAGUAUGUCAACAAAGCCCUUGGGAUAGAUAUUGUAGAUGCAAUGCUGACUGGUGCAGACUCUGUGAAAUACAGCACCCGGUCAUAUUUCCAGCAUUCAAUUCUGAAGCAGUUACUGAAAGACAAUACAUGCAAAAACUAUGUGUCAUACAUUAGAAACUACAAUGAUUUUGUCAAGAAGUGGAUAUUUGAUUGUAUUCUUGAGUUUUUUAAAUUCAACGGCCUUUCAUGUUUAGAAUUGAAACGUCUCGAAGCCAUAACCGAGAAAAUACAAGCAGCCGUGAAAAGGGCAGAAAACGAGGGAACCUCGACACGCGAUAUCAAAACCAUAUCGGGGUUUGUUGAAAAUGUCUGCAGUGUUCUGAGCAGCGAUAUUGUGAUUUCCACAGAUGAUCUUGGAUUAAAACUUAUCCAAGACAAAGCAAGCGUGAAGGAGUUCAUUGGGCAUCUUCAAUAUUACCUUAAACAAAUGAAGACAUCUCUAAGUGCCGAAUUUUCUCAAUGGUGUGAUAUCCAGAAGAAACUUAUCAACCUGCCAUUCAAGCCACAGGACGAGCUGUUCAGAAAGGUGUUUGGUUGUGGAAAGCAGUGUCCAUUCUGCAUGGUCCCCUGUGAGGCAGGAGGCAAGAACCACAAAGAACACCACGCAUCAGUGCAUCGACCCAAAGGGCUGGGAAGAUGGAGAUCUUCAGUAUCUAAUAAACUCUCUGUAAGUGUAUGCACAACUCGUGUGUACAGUGAAAAUACAUUUAGGAAUAGUGACACAGAGUGGAAGCCUCAUCCCUAUAAAGACUAUCGGAAAUUCUAUCCUGACUGGAACAUUGCCCCUGAUCCCAGUAUUGAAGCCUCUGACUACUGGAAGUACGUGCUGACUACAUUUAAUGAAGAAUUUGCAGUUGAGUAUCAUGCAAAGCCUGCUAAUAUCCCAGAGCAAUGGAAAAGCAUAACAAAGGAACAAGCACUGAAGAGUAUAAAUGAGGUGUUUAACGUGAAGUAAAUAAAAGCUAAUCAUCAACUGUAAAAGACCUUUGAAAACUAUUAAACAUGUCCAAUUCGACAAAUGAUUAGAUUAAUUAAGUUAAUUGAGAGAUUAAGUUGGAACAAAAACCAGAGGACCCUGCAGUCCUUGAGGACUGGAGUUUGACCCCCCUUGAAUUGAGUACUAUGUGAAAGGAAUACGACAGUUCAAAAUGCUUGUAUAAAAACUCAAAACGACCCUUUAUGUUCCCUGGGAUCUUUUUUAAAAAUAUUUUCUCCUAGAUAUAAAAACUGUGUUUAAAUGAUUGUAUUUUAUUUUUUAAUCUUUAAGGAUCAUUAGUUGUCUAAUUAAUUAGUGAUUGCAACAAAAAACCAAGAAUUAUUUCUAUUGGCAAUUUGUAGCACACAAGUAAUAUAAACUGUAUGUUUUUCAGUGUAUACAAUGACCAUGUAAAGCUUUUACAAAACAUGUCAGCAUUAUUAUACUGCGCAACAUUGAGUGUGCUUUGUAGGAUCUGUUGGCAAUAAUGAAAGCUAUUCUUUUAAUGCAUCAUAUAUUUUAUACUUUGAAUGUUAUCACUUUAACACUGCAGAGAAUAAUUUUGGCUGACCUUGCUGAUACUUAAAGCUAUACUCUAAUUUUGGUAGUUAUUUUGCAUGCUGGCCACCAAGAUAUUUUUUCUGUUAAUGUUUUGCUAAUUAAAUAAGGUGUGGGAUUCAUGUUAACCAACUUGAUGAUGCGCUGAAUUUUUUUUUUUUUCUGUGUAAAAUGAAUUGUUUGAUAAACCUUGUUUCUGUGCUUCCUGCUUCUAUAACAUUAUGCUCAUGCUUUCAAAUUCCUUGAAAUAUAUUUCAAAAUAAAGAGGAGUUCAACUUCAAGCAA